AUGUCCAACGUCUCCGAGCCCGAAUUCGAACAGGUAAGACACCCACCAGAACUGCCACUCCCUCCCUCCCCACAUAUCUCACCGCCUCUUCGCAGGCCUACAAGGAACUCGCCUCGACGAUCGAGAACAGCUCCCUCUUCAAGAAGCACCCCGAAUACCGCAAAGCCCUCGAGGUCGCCGCCAUCCCCGAACGUGUCAUCCAGUUCCGCGUCACCUGGGAGAACGACAAGGGCGAGUGCCAGGUCAACCGCGGCUUCCGCGUCCAGUUCAACAGUGCCCUCGGGCCCUACAAGGGCGGCCUGCGAUUCCAUCCGACGGUGAACCUGAGCGUGUUGAAGUUUCUCGGCUUCGAGCAGAUUUUUAAGAAUGCCUUGACGGGGUGUGAGUACUUCUGACCCGUGAUAUGAGAGAAGAGGCAAGGAGAGGAGGAGAUGCGAGGGCGAUGGUGUUGCUGAUACUUCUUCUCUCGUAGUGUCCAUGGGAGGCGGGAAAGGUGGUGCCGAUUUCGACCCCAAGGGCAAAUCGGAUAACGAGAUUCGCAAGUUUUGUGUCUCGUUCAUGCGGGAGCUGAACAAGCAUAUCGGUGCCGAUACCGAUGUGCCGGCGGGUGAUAUCGGUGUCUCUCCCCGUGAGAUCGGAUGGAUGUUUGGCGCCUACCGCGCGGAGAAGAACCGCUGGGAGGGUGUCCUGACCGGCAAGGGAGGCAAUUGGGGCGGUAGCUUGAUCCGCCCCGAAGCCACAGGAUACGGUCUCGUCUACUGUAAGAGUGGAAAAGCACACGAAAGCAGGAUGAAAGAUUGGCUCGACUGACACGACGUGAACUUUUUCUCUCUCCGCAGACGUCCAACACAUGAUCAAAUACGCCUCGGGCGGCAAGGAGACCUUCCAAGGCAAACGCGUCGCCAUCUCCGGCUCCGGCAACGUCGCCCAAUACGCCGCCCUCAAAGCCAUCGAGCUCGGCGCCACCAUCGUCUCCCUCUCCGACAGCAAAGGCACCAUCCUCGCCACCGACGACCAGGGCAUCACCCCGGACCAAGUCGACUACAUCGCCGACCUCAAAGUCAAGCGCAAAGCCCUCACCGAGCUCGCCGAGAACUCGGAGCACAAGAGCAAAUUCCAGUACAUCGAAGGCGCCCGCCCGUGGGUGCACGUCGGCCACGUCGACGUCGCGCUCCCCUGCGCCACGCAGAAUGAGGUCUCCGGCGAGGAGGCGCAGAAGCUCGUCGAGAAUGGGUGUCGCUUUACCGCCGAGGGGUCGAAUAUGGGGUCUACCCAGGAGGCGAUUGAUGUGUUUGAGAAGGCGAGGAAGGAGAAGAAGGACCAGGGGAUUUGGUAUGGUCCUGGUGAGUUCCCCCCCCCCCCCUCAACACUUGUCCCAAUCUCUCAGCCACGAAUCCUGAUCUAUGAUUUCCAACAACAGGCAAAGCCGCCAACGCCGGCGGCGUCGCCGUCUCCGGCCUCGAGAUGGCGCAGAACUCGGCCCGCCUGAAGUGGACCGCCGAGGAGGUCGACGCGAAGCUGCAGGGCAUCAUGGAGGCGGCGUUCCAGAACUGCUUGGAGACUGCAAAGGAGUACGUGCCUUCCGGCGAGGGCGAAUUGCCCUCGCUCGUCGCCGGCGCGAAUAUUGCCGGUUUCAGCAAGGUCGCGGCCGCUAUGAAGGAUCAGGGGGAUUGGUGGGCCAAGUCGGAGUAA